GGAUCUUUGCCCACGUGGCAAGUAUCGACGGUAGUGGCCACGCUAAAAGCUGAAGUGGUCCAGUCUAAACCCUAAACCACUAAGAGCCCUAAUUUCUUUGCUUGAGCGCCAAGCAUCCUAUCCGCCCCGCUCGUCGCCGGCGCGCACAAAUCUUCACGCGACGCGACGCGACGCUCUCCGGAUUUCCAUCGCGGCGCAGCCGUAGCCGAGCGCUCUCCUCAUGGAUCGCUAUCAGCGAGUGGAGAAGCCACGAGAUGAGACAUCGAUCAGCGAGAAUGAAAUUCGCAUCACGACGCAGGGCAAGACGAGAAACUAUAUCACCUACGCUAUCAGCUUGCUCCAGGUAGAAAAUUUUCUUCCUCUCUCUUUCCGGAAUUCACUUCUCUUUUCACAGGACAAAAGCUCUGACGUUGUCUUGAAGGCGAUGGGCCGUGCAAUCAACAAGACUGUCACCAUUGCCGAGAUUAUCAAAAGGAGGGUCGCGGGGCUUCAUCAAAUCACCACAAUCGGCUCCGCGGACUUCACGGAUACUUGGGAGCCGCUCGAGGAAGGACUUGUGCCUCUGGAAACGACUCGGCAUGUUUCUAUGAUCAGUAUCACACUGUCAAAGACGGAGCUAGACAGCACCUCAUCAGGAUAUCAGGCUCCUCUUCCUGCUGAUCAAGUGAAGCCGUUGGUGGAGCCGGAAUACGACGGAGAAGUAUCACCUCGAGGAGGCAGAGGCCGAGGCCGGGGGCGCGGACGAGGCAGAGCUCGUGCUGGAGGGAACGAAGUUGCGGUCGCUGACUACGGUGGUGGCUACGAUGCUGGUUGGGGGCGAGGCCGAGGUGGCCGAGGCCGUGGAAGGGGCCGCGGGUUCCAAGGCCGUGGUAGAGGCUAUGCCACGGAGUUUUAUCAGAACACCGGGAGGGGAAGAGGAGGCUACGGAGACAACGUUUACGAGGACAACCGGGGCCGCGGUCGAGGCGGAUACCAACAAGGCCGGGGCCGUGGUGGAGACGAGUACCAGGAAGUGGCGAACGAGGACGCCGGAGCAAGGGGCCGAGGCCGUGGUCGAGGAAGGGCAUUUCGUGGCGGCCGUCGGGGAGGCGGCAGACCCCGCGGAGGAUUUCAGGAAUAAGACGAGAUCUCUCUCUCCAUACUUCGUGGUAAAGCCUCUCUCCUCUAGCGGCAUCUUUUGUGUUGACAUAUAGACUAGCUGUGGUGGUAGUCACCCGAGUUUUCUUGCCUCUGACACGUUACAAUUUGGAGGUGUUAUAUUCCUUUCUUGUUUCUAACUGUACAAAACAAAAGCUUUUUUUACUG